AACGUUAUAAAAGCCGAGUGAUGAGCUGCGAAUUCAGUCUGUGAUCGUGCUGUGCAUUGUGCAGAAGAAAAAAUAGAAAAAAUGUUUGCUAUGAAAGUUGUAUUCAUUGUGGGCUUGUCACUUGCCUUUGCUUCGGCUCAAGUGGGCGUUCCCGGUGGAGUGACUGAACUCAGUGGCGAUGAUCUGGUGUCUGCUACGAAUGUGCUGAACAAUUCAUUGGAGAAGCUGGCUAGUGGCGAUGGACCAAAUUAUAAAUUGGGCAAAGUUAUCUCAGCUCGUCGUCAAGUUGUUUCGGGUACCAAAUACAUUUACGAAGUGGAGCUCGUUUCUGAGAACAGCACCAAGACUUGUAAUGUGAACAUCUGGUCACAGCCCUGGUUGCCCAAUGGCAAUGAAGUCACCUUUGAUUGCCCCGAUGGCAAAGUGGUGAAGAAACACAACUAAAGCUGUCAAGUCGAACAAAUGACAGAAUAAAAUAUGCAUUGAACUUA